AUGAGUCAGGAUCAGGAUGAAUUGUUUAGUGCAAAGAGUGAAAUAUUGUUCAAUGUAAAACAAUGCGAAGAAUUAUUCUAAAAAGAUAAAUCAGAAAAAUUAAAAUAAGACAUUGAGACUUUUAAGAAAAAUAUCAAGACGGCUAAAGAAAAGGAGGAAGAAUUCUAUAAAACAUUAUUAUUAGAAGGUAAGGAAAAGGAGAGCAUUUUUGGAUUUCCAGGUUAUUAAAAGAAGGAAGAACCAAAAGUGAUUGUCUGGGAUCCACUUUAGGGAAACUUGAUCAUUACUGAGCAUGAAUUCAAAAUUAAAUAUGACUAGCCUAAACAAAGAAAUUCAAACAGAUAAAGUUAAAUACCAUUACAACCUGAGAUUAAUCUAAACGAUUGA